AUGCACUGGCGAAAGAAGUUUUUCAUCAAUGAAACUAGUAAAAAAUUAGUGCUCUGCUGCACGGCGUCCAUCCUUUCGCUGUGCGUGAUCAGCGUGGAUCGCUACAUCGGUGUGUCCCGGCCGCUGGCCUAUUCACGCAUCCUCACCAAACGCAGGGCGCGGUGUCUCAUAGCUGCCAUAUGGGCGCUGGCCCUGGCCAUUAGCAUAGCGCCGCCCCUGGGCUGGAGAGAAGAGCUGGCGCCCGGGGAGUGUCAUGUCAACAAGCAAUUGGGUUAUGUGAUCUUCUCAGCAGUCGGCUCAUUCUACCUGCCAGCCCUAGUGAUCAUCGUGCUGUAUACACUAGUGUACAGGGCCGCGUCCAAGCAUACCAAGCUGCUGUACAGUGGUUCGCGAACGACUCGCUCUGACGUCACGCUCAGGGUUCACAUGGGCAGCUCCAGGAGUCGUGUCAGUCUCACCACGGCUCUGCCACCCUAUCAGCAUGACACACUCAAGGAAGAACGUAUCUCACCGUCACGUCUGUCAGCGAUCAGCAGUAACGGCAGCCUGGGCGGCGUCGGGAUGGGUGGCCGCGGCAGUGAUGCGUCCCGCAACCUGCACCAGUCUUCGGCGCUAGACGGCCGCGUCGUCAAGUUCCAGCGACAAAAGAAGGCGGCCAAGACCCUCGGCAUUGUGGUGGGCGGAUUCCUGCUCUGCUGGUUUCCGUUUUUCAUCAUUUUGCCCAUCGACGCAGCGUGCAGCUCAUGCAACCUGUCAGCGGGCACGCUGUUCAACCUGGCCUUCUGGCUGGGCUACUUCAACAGCUGUCUGAACCCGGUGAUCUACGCGUGCAGCUGUCGGGAGCUGCGAAGAGCCUUCCUCGGCCUGCUGUGCAGCUGUUGCCAUCAUCACCAUCAUCAUCACAGCCAGCAGCAGCACAUGAUGAUGACACGAAACUCGCUGUCUUCGUCGUCGGUCUACUUCAAACGGGCCUUAUAACAUUCUGAUUGAGUGAAAUGGUAGACUACUACUGUAUCAGAUUAUUUGCCUGAGAUUUUUGACCGGCUGUUGAACUGGAUAUCGUACAACAUGUACAGUAUUGUGAGAAGUGAGGACACAAUCUAACUUACGAGUAUUGUUUGCUUUACCUAUGAGGCCGAAACGUGGACUUUUUUGAACAGAGAUGAGAAAAAUCAUCUCUCUGCAUCAAAGGUCAUUUGAGAGAAAAAUGUCCUCAUAUUUUAGAUUUUCUUGAAUAUUUUAGAAAUUUGAAGAUAUUUUAGUUACCACAACAACAGUUCAAGGGUGGCGUCGAGAAGAAGAAGAAGAAGAGUGGCGAGGCGAGGUGAGGGAGAAGGCGAAGGAGCAUGAGAGAGGAAAAGGAUAGGGAACGACAAGGAGGAUGAUGUGUCUUAGGAGAAAAUAUUGAAGAUUGAGAGUAAGAAUAGGAUGAAAGUGGAUUUGGAGUAGGAGAUGAAGAAGAAGAGCAACAAGAACAAUAUAAAGGAGACGAGAAGAAGAAGAGAAGAAGGAAAGAAGUAGAGGAAAAGAGAGAGAAGUAGUAGAACAGGAAAAAAACAAGGAAUAGGAGACAUGAUACGUACUCAAUAUUAGUACGACAAGUGGAAAGGAGAGGAUGAUAAGGAGAAUGGGGAGGAAAGAUAGUAGUAAGAGGGGUAGAAAUUAUUAUAGAUCAAGAGAAAGAGGAAGGAGAUGAUGAAGAGAUAGAAGAGGAUAAAGAAGGAGAGAGGACAAGUAACAUUGUGACAAGUACACAGACUGUAGUCUUAAUGAUAUAUUAUUGGACGAGCGUAGCGAGUUCCUACUCGAAGCUCGAAUCGUUUGUAAGUUGGUAGGUUUGCAGAUUGUUCGACUAUAACUUUCGAAAGUUUUCAUCAAUCAACUUCCAAUUUUCAAUACAUUUUCUUUCAAUUAUUGAACAAAUCGAGUUCGUUGGCCAGCAAAAAUAGAGUCUAUGAUGAUUUUUGAGGAUACAACAGGAUAACAUUGAAUGUUCAUAAGUAAAAAAACAUUUUAGUGAUUAAAUUAUCACAAACCACAAAUUAACUGUCAGCUUCAGCUAUUUCUCUUGACUGUCCACCGCUGUCAAAAGACAAAAUAUCAGCAGAAUUUUGAGCGAGUUCUCCAGCCUGGGGGCUUAUCCUAUUAUUAAAAAGUAUGAGGGAGUGAGUCAAUUUCGUUGACCAACCAACUCGAUCUGUAUGAUGGAUCAGAAAAUAUGUACGAGUGAUUAUGAUAAUUUCAAGUUGAUUGAUGAGAGCAAACGGAGCAAUAGGAAGUUAUGAAAGCGAACACCGAUUCGAGUCUCUAAACAUCAGUAGGAACUCGCUACGCUCGUUUAACAAUGUUGCAGGGCCGUAUUCAUGAACGUUACUUGAACCUCAACUUAUCAAAGCAAAAACCUAU